CGCCACUCGUGAUUAUCAGGUAACGCCGAUCUGACGGGCUUACAUUCAGCAAGUUUUCGGUUUGCCGCCAAAAACACGUAUACGUAGUGUUGCCGCAGUGAUCUUAUAGGAACCGUGAUCCUAGAAAGGAAUUAAAAUGAGCUCAAAGUUUAAUGUGUGCCGCUGGAUGCUGCUGCUCCUCGGCGUGUUCUGCCUGCUCGACAGCUCAUCGGGCUACUGCUCCCUGGAGCGGAUGAAGAAGUUCGCGAUGGAGGCCUGCGAGCACUUGUUCCAGCAGGACGAGGGAGCGCGCAGAGAACGCAGGUCAAUCGACCACCAUCACCAUCUGAACCGACUGGGAUACGGCAAAACACACAACAAGAACCAUCACAUCCGGCGGAGCAGCUAUCCCAUGGGUGGCUACUUAAAGGUGACUCUGGAGCACUUCAACCGCCUCAGCGAACUGGACAUCUUCCCACGCUACAAGCCCAACCAUCUGCACCACGACAAGAAGAUGCGAUUCAAGCGGGAUCACUCGAGCAGCAGCUACAACAACAUCCCCUACUGCUGCUUCAACCAGUGCGAGGAGGAGUUCUUCUGCUAAGUGGCCUCCAGCUCCAUGCUCCAUGCCCACGUCGGUGCCAUCCGGUCAGCAAUCUCUGACUCCGUCCAUAGUCAUAGUUAGGCUAAAGAUGUACAUUCUACAAGUCGCGCUCACUCUUAUAGAGUACCUUUUUUGUGCCCCAGCCAAGGGACCAAAUUCAUUUACACUAUUUAUACUAUUAGAUCUAAGUUGAAUAAACCAUCGUAUACAA